GGUAGGCCAGGAUGCUGGAAGGUAAAAUGAACAAUUAUGGACUAUGAGUGCUCAAAGGAUCUCAGAGAGCACCUUCUUUUCAAUAACAAAAUUUUUCAUGAAUUAUUGUCAAUACACACACACUCACAUAUGAUACCUGUUGUACAUUUAGUACCUGUUGCAUUUUCUUUUUAAAAAAUAUUAGGAACCCAGAAGUGCUUUAAAACAAAUAUAUAUUUUGUGAAUUUACUACAUCCAUGACUGUUUGAAAAACAAUAAUAUAUGUAUCUGAGACAAACAGAUGUCAUUUUGGUUUAAUGGGUGAAGAUACGACUACACAUUCUUGAGAGACACCAACAUGCUUGGUGAUGAAAUUCACAGUGCCCUGUUAGUAUGUGGUACAAGUACCACCCAUCUCAAGUGGUGACCUUGAUGUCUAGACUAAUGUUCAAGCUUCCCAAGUGACAGCGUGCCCCAGGUUCCAUCUUUCACAGCCAUUCUGAGACCCCCACCCCCCACCCUGCGUAUGUGGGAGAAAGUGACCCUUCAAAAGCUCCCUAUUGUCUGUAUACUGUUUAGCCCAAACUUUUUAGUAUGGACUAAAACUUUCUCCUGCCUUCCUUACGAUAUCUCAGCCACAGUCACUCCUCACCCCCACUCCCUUCAGCAAUUUAAGUACUUCAGAGCUUCUGUCUUUUGCACCUUCCACCCACCUCUCUAUCAGAACACUUACCCAUUUCCACUGGCUGGCUGCCUCCCUCCUCCGCUGAGCUCAUUCAGCUUUGAGAUGGACAACAGGCUAACUGAUCUACCUUUCUAUGCCCCACUGCACUUUGGCCUCCUGUAAGGCUGAGCCAUGUCUUACACAUCUUUGUAUUCUACUACCUAGUAUCACUUAUAGCAUAAGAGGUGCUUCCUAAGUGUGUAUUAAACAAAUGAAUGGAUAAACAAAAGAUAGCAAAUAACUGUAGAAAAGUAUCCCGAGAGUCUAAUCAGAGGCCAACAAAUCCUAGGUGGAAUUAAUAAUACAAUGGCACUUCAUUGAUAAAACUGAGUCACCUCGUUAAAGCAUCAUUAAAAACAAAAAACAAACAAACAAACAAACAAAAACCGUAGGCAGAAGACAACAAGAAUGCAAGCAGGCUGAGAUGGAUUGUGUUGUUUAGAAUUAGGAAGGGAAUGUGCAGUCAGCUCUUUUGCUUUCAGACUUCUCUGUAUUGUUUGUUAAACUGGCAUCCCCAGCUCCGCAUACCGGUGGAAGACCACCACGCUGCAGCCCAGCCUGUGGCUCCUAACUGGCCCAGAUCUGACACUCCCAGGAGUGGCCCUUGCGCCAUGGGCGUCCCCGGGUUUUGGAAGGCUCCUAAUAGCUCCCCAACAGCCCAGGCUGUUCGCCAGCGAUGCGUCUGCUCCGGUCCGAGGCACUUCUGCCGUCCCGGGCAGCGAGGACGCUCCGAAGAGAGGUCGUCGGGUUCUCAAGAUUUUCUCUCUAAAGAUCUAAUAGAUAUCCUUCCGUUACUUCUGUUUCUGACUUGAUUAAAGAGGAGAAAAAGGACAACAAGAAGGAUAAUAGUAGCGGACGGCGCAUCUGGUUUUACUUUUUUCAAUUCCGUCAAAGUUUGUGUUUGUGUUUUGUUGUUGUUCUUCAUUUGACAGCGAUCCCGUGAACUCCUCCUUGGGGAAAUGGCGCAUCCAAAGCCCGCCAAGCCCAGGCUGAGAGCUCUAGGACUUAUUAUUGUAAUAUUUUAAACAAAACCUCGACAGACAGAAACUCAAAGAAAGCCGUGCGCUCCUUAAGUCAAAGGCAUCUGUUCUGAUGGCUGCGCUCGGUUUGCUGUUUGUAACCAGCGUUAAGAGCAGGAUUUUUAAACAUGAAAAUGGAUAAAAGAAAAGAAAAACUAAGUCCCGGGGUCCGCCGACUCCUAUUCAUUAUCUCCAACAGCAUAUGGGACCAUUCUCCCACUAGUCCUCGCCCUUUCUUCCGCAAAAGGAAAGGCAACCAAGCCUGUCCCGCUUCAUAGCAAACCCACUCUUUGUGCCUGAGCGGUGCCUCGGCCACCGCUACUACUUCCUCCUCCUCCCGCCCCCUUCUCCUCCCGCCCGCCGCCGACUUUCGCUCAGGGAGGCAGGCAGCAGGCGCCCUUUGCGCCGGGAAGCCAGUGCCGCGAUUGGGCGACGGUCCCUGAACCUCCAGUUCCGCGUCGGUUUCAAGGCUCCUCCCUCCUGGUGAAAGACAGACUGCGGGGCGCCUGGAAACCGGUCCGAGGGCGCGCGCGACAGAGGAGAGCGAACGAGUUGAGGGAUUGACACAAAUGGUCAGGCGGCGGCGGCGGAGAAGGAGGCGGAGGCGCAGGGGGGAGUCGAGGCCGCUGGGCUGCGGAGAGUUGUACGCUCUACGGCGCCGCGGCCACUAGCGCUGCGCCGCCAGCCGGGAACCAGCGAGCCAAGGGCCAGGAAGGCAGGACGCGACCCCGGCGCGCCGGAGCCACCUGGGCUCUCCCCGCCGCCCACGCUUCAUGAAUCGCAAGUUUCCGCGGCGGCGGCGGCUGCGGGACGCGGAGCGGGAGCCGGGGGAGCGGGCUGAGCGCGGCUCGGGCUCGACGGAGGGCACCGGCGCGGAGGAGAUCUCCCCGGCCGCAGGGGGAGCCGCCGCCGGCUGCGCCACUGCCAGCCGCAGCCGGGCGGCGCCAAGAAAGGAGCCGAGAAAGUAUGGCUGAAGAGGAGGCGCCUAAGAAGUCCCGGGCCGCCGGCGGCCGCGCGAGCUGGGAACUUUAUGCCGGGGCGCUCCCGGCUGGACGGGUGGCGGAGGGGAGCGGGGACGCGGACAGCCGCCGCCGCCGACGCCCCCCAGCUGAUUCUGGACGCUUGGCGCGCCGGCUCCUGCUACUGCUUUGGCUCCUGGAGGCUCCGCUGCUGCUGGGGGUCCAGGGACAGGCGGUGGGCCAGGGGCCGGGUCCGGGGCAGCAGCCCCCGCCGCCGCCGCCGCCUCAGCAGCAGCAGAGCGGGCAACAGUACAACGGCGAGAGAGGCAUCUCCAUCCCGGACCACGGCUACUGCCAGCCCAUCUCCAUCCCGCUGUGCACGGACAUUGCGUACAACCAGACCAUCAUGCCCAACCUUUUGGGCCACACGAACCAAGAGGAUGCGGGCCUCGAGGUGCACCAGUUCUACCCCUUGGUGAAGGUGCAGUGCUCGGCGGAACUCAAAUUCUUCCUGUGCUCCAUGUACGCGCCCGUGUGCACCGUGCUAGAGCAGGCUCUGCCGCCCUGCCGCUCCCUGUGUGAGCGCGCGCGCCAGGGCUGCGAGGCGCUCAUGAACAAGUUCGGCUUCCAGUGGCCUGACACGCUCAAGUGCGAAAAGUUCCCGGUGCACGGCGCCGGCGAGCUGUGCGUGGGCCAGAACACGUCGGACAAGGGCACCCCGACGCCCUCGUUGCUGCCGGAGUUCUGGACCAGCAACCCUCAGCACGGCGUGGGGGGGCACCGUGGCGGAGGCUUUCCGGGGGGUGCCGGCGCGUCGGAGCGAGGCAAGUUCUCGUGCCCGCGCGCCCUCAAGGUGCCCUCCUACCUCAACUACCACUUCCUGGGCGAGAAAGACUGCGGUGCGCCCUGUGAGCCGACCAAGGUGUACGGGCUCAUGUACUUUGGGCCCGAAGAGCUGCGCUUCUCGCGCACCUGGAUCGGCAUCUGGUCAGUGCUGUGCUGCGCCUCCACGCUCUUCACGGUGCUCACGUACCUGGUGGACAUGCGGCGCUUCAGCUAUCCGGAGCGGCCCAUUAUCUUCCUGUCGGGCUGCUACACGGCAGUGGCCGUGGCCUACAUCGCCGGCUUCCUGCUGGAGGACCGAGUGGUGUGUAACGACAAGUUCUCCGAGGAUGGGGCGCGCACAGUGGCGCAGGGCACCAAGAAGGAGGGCUGCACCAUCCUUUUCAUGAUGCUCUACUUCUUUAGCAUGGCCAGCUCCAUCUGGUGGGUGAUUCUGUCGCUCACCUGGUUCCUGGCAGCGGGCAUGAAGUGGGGUCACGAAGCCAUCGAGGCUAACUCGCAGUAUUUUCACCUGGCCGCCUGGGCUGUGCCGGCCAUCAAGACCAUCACCAUCCUGGCGCUGGGCCAGGUGGAUGGCGACGUGCUGAGCGGGGUGUGCUUCGUGGGGCUCAACAAUGUGGACGCGCUGCGCGGCUUCGUGCUGGCGCCACUCUUCGUGUACCUGUUCAUCGGCACGUCUUUCCUGCUGGCCGGCUUCGUGUCCCUCUUCCGCAUUCGCACCAUCAUGAAGCACGACGGCACCAAGACCGAGAAGCUGGAGAAGCUCAUGGUGCGCAUCGGCGUUUUCAGCGUGCUUUACACGGUGCCAGCCACUAUCGUCAUCGCCUGCUACUUCUACGAGCAGGCCUUCCGGGACCAGUGGGAGCGCAGCUGGGUGGCCCAGAGCUGCAAGAGCUAUGCCAUCCCCUGCCCCCACCUCCAGGCGGGUGGAGGCGCCCCGCCGCACCCGCCCAUGAGCCCAGACUUCACAGUCUUCAUGAUCAAGUACCUUAUGACGCUGAUCGUGGGCAUCACGUCAGGCUUCUGGAUCUGGUCCGGCAAGACCCUCAACUCCUGGAGGAAGUUCUAUACCAGGCUCACCAACAGCAAACAGGGAGAGACCACCGUCUGACACCCAGGGGCUCAGCCCAUUCCCAGCCGUCGGCUUCGUCCCAGCCAUCCCCAUAAAGCCGGCCCUGUGGAAGCCUUGCCAAACCUGGCUACUUGAGGCUUCCUCACUAGCCGUUCACUUUUCGCAGGCUCCUUUUUAACAGCACAGCUCCUGCAAAAGCUUCCGUCCCUGGGGGCAAACGGACUGGAGGGCCCGACUACAGCAGGGGGGAUAGACAGACCUCUCUCGUUCUCACACUCUGGUACCAGGACUGUACGCUUUUAUGAUUGUAAAUAGCCUGUGUAAGAUUUUUGUAAGUAUAUUUGUAUUUAAAUGACCGAUCACGCGUUUUUCUUUUUCUUUCUCUCCCCCCCCAUUUUUUUUGGUUUUGUUUAAAUUUUAAUUAUUUAGGGCCGUUUAACCAUUUGAAGCUUUUCCUUCUUUCCCUUUUCGAAGCACUGCAGAGGUAAAACGGGAGCUCGCGGUGCUCUCGCUUGUUCUGGCGCGCCCCUCCCUGCGGCAGUCCGGGUGCGUCUGGGACUGAGGGGCCCGGGUCACUUCCCGCCUCCUCUUUCUACUCCCCCCUUUCCCUUCAGUGCUUGGGGUCAGGUCUCUUUAGAUACAGAACUCCACGGAGCUUCCAAAUCGCGGGGGGGAGGGGGGCGGGCGGAGGCCUCUGCCCAUCCCAGGUGUUUCCUUGUGGGGGGAGGGGGGCAGAUUAUGAAGGCCUUGUCCCUUUGACUAUCCGAAACUGAAUUUUUCACCGUCCAGAACCCCGUGGCUUCGAGGAGGCCCCCUGGACAUGGGCUGUGGCAGUCCCGGCCUUCCUCCGCACUGGCCUCCCGACUCCCAGGCACUCCCUCCUUCCACCUAAGUUGGUUAGAGGGUGAGUGGGAUAACCAUUGCCAAACUUUUUCAUGUCUAAUUUUUGGGGGAUGAGCUCAUUUCAUUCUCUAGUGUCUAAAACCUGGUAUGGGUUUGGCCCACGUCAUGGAAAGAUGUGGUUGCCGAGAUUUGGGAAGAGGCACGAAGCUUUGUGUGGGUUGGGAGAGACUGAAGAUGGGGGUUGUAAAGUGUUAAUUCUAAUUGCAUACUGAUGCCUGGCAAACUGCCUCUAGGACUGAGAGCCCGCAUUUCGGUUUUACCUUCCUGUAAAAUGGAAACAUUCGGUCACCUGGAAAGCUUUGUUAAGGAGUUGAUCUCUGCUUUCCUUAAGAGGACAGCAGGACCUAAGCUGAAUAGGAAAACUUGAAGGAGAUUUCGGUGUAAUGGACUUCCUCCAAAUGAAGUGCUCCUUUCUUUUAACCAAAUAAUAAUUAGACGUAUAUGAGAAACUUUACAAUGUAAAAGUUGUAUACUUUUCAACAUGUUAUGAUGAUGAUUAUUCAGCAACACAUUUUGAGGGAGGAACAAUCCACGUCACUAAAAAUAACCUUGUAAGAUGCCAGGAGGUAAAGAAGGUGGAAUAAUUGAUGGGGUUAGCUCCUGAAACAAACAAAAUAUGGGCAUGCAUGGUAAAGGGAAAGUGUGUGCAGUUCUCCUGCAUUGAAUCCUGUGUGCUCCUUUUUGGAUUUACAGAAAUGUGUCAAAUGUAAAUCUUUCAAAGCCAUUUAAAAAUAUUCACUUUAGUUCUCUGUGAAAGAGAGGAGGAAAGCAGUCCUUCUGAUUGUAUUGUUUUAAAUUUUAAGAGUUUAUCAAAAUGCCGGUACUUAGGACCUAAAUUUAUCUAUGUCUGUCAUACCCUAAAAUGACAAUGGUCUUUGGAUUUGGUAUGCAUUCUGUUCACUCUCACAAAAUCAUCUAUAUUUAUAGAGGAAUAGAAGUUUAUAUAUAUAUAUAAAAUACCAUAUUUUUAAUUUCACAAAUAAAGUUUUGUACAAAAUUAUAUGGUUUUUGUGCCUGAAAAAUAGAGCUGGAACUGUCUGAACUAUCUUUGCAUUUUAUAGUGUCUCAUAGCCAACCCCAGAGUAUAUAAAUUCAGGAAUUCAAUGAAAAAGUCUGUCCUUACGCAUUCACACCAGUGCUCGCUUCGGCAGCACAUAUACUUACUUACACAUUCACACCAGCCCUUAAAGAAGUGUCCUACUUGCAGUGUUGCGACUGACAUUGCCAAGUUCCUAGGCAACAUCUGCUUUCAUGACAGUAGCGAUAUAAAAUAGAAGUUUCCAAAUUAUUUCUUUACUCAAAGAGGAUAAUUAAAAAGAGAACUCUAAUUUUAAUAUUAAAGCUUUUCUUUUUUCCUUUCAAGGGGUAAAUUUACAUGACUUUUUAUAAUAUGGAGGUUUAUUUAAAUCAUCAGGCACCACCUUGGUCACGAUUUUUUUGAGGUACUGUCUUUUUUAUAAUCUUGGAUAUUCCAAAACCAUAAGUGGGUAAUAAAUGGUUAACGGACUGUGUGUUUAUUAGCAUUUUAAACAGUAGUUGGGCGUAUAAGGUUGUUUUUGUUGUUUGCUUCAGAAGAACCCAUUUUUAUAUUGUUCGAGGAACCUUUUCCAGAGAAAUUAUCUAGUUGGUCUACUCUUAGUCAGAAUUUAUAUAUAUAUAUAUAUAGUGUGUAUAUGUGUGUAUAUACUUAUGUAUAUAUGGAUCUAUAUCUAUAGAUCCAUAUAUACAUAAAUAUAUAUACACAAUUUUUAUAAAAUAGAGGUACAAAGUUUACUUACAUAUUUUACAAUAUGGAAAUAAGGUUAUGAGAAAUGGAAAAUGCCAGAUGGAAAACCUCAAAUACCUUUGGAAAACAAGUCUCUUAUUCCUUUACAGACUAAAAAUAUUUAUAUUAAAUUUUCCCAUGAAAAUAUUUUGUGAUAAAAUGACAAGGAACUAAAAUGAAGACCAUUGAUAAAAUCGAGUUACUUUCGUGGUUAUAACACAAUUGUCUUUUAAGUCAUUAUUAUUUUAAGACAAAUGAAAAAAUUAAAUCUAAUUGAAAAUACAGCAUUCAACUUUAAGUAGCAAGAUGCAAUUUUAUGGUCUUUUUUUCUUUGUUUCAAUCUACCAUAGUAGAUAUCUGAGAAGGUUUUAUUGUGUAGACGUUUUAAAAAAAACAAUUCUUAGGCCAAAUUAAAACAUGUCUCCUCUUUAGGUAUUUCAAUCAGAUAAUUUCUGGGGAAAAAAUUUAAGAUUAUUAAUCUCAAUCCAAGAAAUAAAUAUAAGGCAUUCUUAUUGUGGGUGUCCUUAUAAUGAUGUAACUAAAUUUGAUGCAGAAAGGUUUUAUAAUGCUGGAUUUAAAUAGCCUUAAGAGACAUUUUUAGGUGACCAUCAGGCUUUGUUUUUAGGAAACAACUUAUUUAAAAUUGUAUAGCAUAUAGAAAGCCAGUGUAUUCUUUUGUUUCUUUCCAUACUAGUGGCAAAACAAGACUUCCCUGGAAAACCAUAAAGGUACCCGGAAUAUGGUCCCAUUAGCAUGCUGUUUCCAUGACAAACCCUAUUUUCAGAUGGUCUGAUUUGCCUAUUUUUUUUUAAACCGGCUAUCAGUUGGAGUCAAUUUUCCCCCUCAUGGUGUGCUUGAUUCAGCUUUUAUAGUAAAUGUAUACAGAGUAUGAAAGCCUUCUGAUGCUCUUUAAAAAAAAAAAAAAAAAGGCCAUUUUUUUUUUUACUUAAACUUUGUGGGAGCAGAAAGUCUUAUUUUUAAUCUCAGAGCCAGCCAGUGUCAAACAUUUGCAAAACAGCUGGACCAGAUUUUUCGGUGUGUCUGGGGUAGUCACUUGUCAGCCUAGGUUUACAGUCCUGGUGCUUUCGUCUCCAAGCAAUGAAGGCUCCUGCUGUAGUUACAUCAUUCCUAAAGUCCAGCAUUUAACUAGGACAAGAGACCACAGUGAAGAGUUGGUGGCCAAUUAAGAAAAAAACUGCCAAAACCACAAACCAUUUCAGGACUUGGGUGGCUCCAGAUCACUUUCACUGAUACCAUGUUUUAAUCUUUAAAAAAAAUUUUUUUUGGAAGAUGCCAUAUUUUCAGGGUGUGUGUGUUUGUGUUCAACUCCAGCUACUCUUACCUUCAUUGCUUUCUAAUCUGUCAAUUGGCUAUAGGCCACAAUUUAUGUAAUGUACAUGCAAUUAAUUGAAACCAGUGGUAUCACACUGGGUAUCUCUGAUACAUUUCUGAUUAUAACACUCUGUGUAACUGGCGCUUGAGAGCUAAGAAUCAAAAUGUGGUCAUUACAUAUGUCUUGAGGUGGACGCUAGUGAUAUUGUUAUUGAAUAUUUCACAGAAUAUAGUAAUUUCAAAGUCUUGCAGGAUUAAUCUGUAGAAGCCGAAAUAAGAUGCGGAGUACAUAGAAGAAUUCUCCAGUUAUAUUACUAAAAAGGAAUUGCAAUACUACCUUAAAUUUGAGGCUUUUAUUUUAAGGCCCUGACAUUUGAAAUGAGGUCUUACAAGAUAUGUGCCAAAAAAGGUGAAGUUUUUUUUUUUUUUUUUUUUUUUGGUGACUCCUAAGACUUAUACCUCUAUUUUGAAAUGUUGGCAUAUGCUAAUAGCCCUUAGAAUUUGAAAAACAGUAGUUGAGCUUCAGUCAUGACUCAAUUUCCUUAAACUUGUUGGGCUUAAAUAUUUCUGUUCACUUUGGUCAUAGCUUUUGACAAUGGAUUUAUUAAGCCAUAACAAUUAUAGUAACAAAAUAGCUUAUUUGGAACCUAGUGACUAAAAGACAGGUUAAGCUCUAGACCAAUUUUCUUAAGUAGUAUCAUGAUGUAUGGUGACAGCUGUCUCUACCCCAUUACAGAACCAAGUUCCUGUCUAAGACUCUCCUGUUGGAUAUUUUUGUUUAUGAGUUGGUUUGAGACGCAAGUAACAGGUCAAAUAAGAGGAUUUCUCACAGAAAUCUUUCUCAUGUAGUGAAUUGGCUCAAGUACAAUCUAUAGGCACAUCCCACAAUAAACAUACAAUGAACAGUCUGAGGGUUAUCAGUCUUGUAGGUCAAGCAGAUUCUUAAAUGGCUUGAAGAAAAGAUAUUUUUCGGUGAGAUCUCUCUAAACAAAUCCUUUUAUUUUAAGAUGGUGAUAUUCUAAAGAGGUCUAUUUUUGAGUGAUAAUUCAAAUAACACUGCAUUUCCUAAAGGAAUCAUCAAUAAACUAGUUGAAUGGCAUAUUUGUAUAACUAAUAAUUUUAAAAAUCAAGUAUUGGAAUAGCACUAAUUUUGCACAUUUUA